CUGAACUUCCGGUUAAAAAAGAAAGCAUCAUGCAACAUGGACACAGUACAUCUAGCUCCUCUUCUCAAAACAUUAGCGGGGCUAGUGGAGGCAGCUCGGGUUAUACGGGCACUGGGUUGUCAAGUUACAGUGGUAAAGUAGAAGACAUGGAAUUUCCUUACUGUCCUGAUGCGAGCAAAUAUGAAAAACUCGCCAAAAUUGGCCAAGGGACUUUUGGAGAGGUCUUUAAGGCUAGAGAUCGUCAGACAAGAAGACUUGUUGCCAUGAAAAAAGUAUUGAUGGAAAAUGAAAAAGAAGGGUUUCCUAUAACAGCUCUGAGGGAGAUAAAGAUAUUGCAAUUGCUGAGACAUGAAAAUGUUGUGAAUUUAAUUGAAAUCGCCAGAACUAAAGCCACUGCAUACAACAGAAUGAAGAGUACCUUCUACUUGAUCUUUGAGUUUUGUGAGCAUGAUUUAGCUGGACUUCUGAGCAAUGCAAAUGUGAAAUUUAACAUCGGUGAGAUCAAGAAAGUCAUGCAGCAACUCCUGAACGGUCUGUACUUCAUUCACAGCAACAAGAUUCUACACAGAGACAUGAAAGCCGCAAAUAUACUCAUCACAAAGCACGGUGUUCUGAAGCUGGCAGACUUUGGACUUGCAAGAGCCUUCAGUACGGCAGGCAAAGACAAACAGAACCGCUACACGAACAGAGUGGUCACUUUGUGGUACAGACCACCAGAGCUUCUUCUGGGGGAGAGGAACUAUGGUCCCCCCAUUGACCUGUGGGGUGCAGGGUGUAUAAUGGCUGAAAUGUGGACCAGAACACCCAUCAUGCAGGGUAAGACAGAACAGCACCAGCUUCAGCUGAUCAGUCAGCUGUGUGGCUCCAUCACGAAGGAGGUGUGGCCCAAUGUAGAAAAACUUGACAUGUUUGGACAGAUGGAGUUGGCUCAGGGCCAGAAACGCAAGGUGAAGGACCGUCUCAAGGUGUAUGUCAAGGAUCAGUACGCCCUUGACCUGAUUGACAAGUUGUUGACCCUUGACCCAUCAAAGCGAAUAGACAGUGACACUGCUCUUAAUCAUGACUUUUUCUGGUCAGACCCCAUGCCCUGUGAACUGGCCCACAUGUUGUCCCAGCACUCUACGUCCAUGUUUGAGUUCCUGGCCCCUCCCCGCCGCCCUGGACAAAGACUUCCGGCAGGCCAAGUCCAGAGAACUGCGCCCAAUCCUGACCAACACUUUGAAAGAGUUUUUUAAAUCAAGUGUUGAAGAUUUAAUUAUUACCUUAAAAAAAAUGAAUCUUAAUUUGUGCCAUUUAAUAUGCUAAGGUGUCAAUGGACCAUUAAAAGUACACUAUACAUAUUGUACAUUAAUUCAGUGAAACAACUGAGUUAUAAUGUGAUCUGAUUGUAUUUAUAUCACGAUACAUGUUCUUGUUGCUUGAAACUUUGUGUUAAAACAUGGUAGAUCAGAUAAUCUUUGAACAAUGAAGGCUUUUGAAAUCACAAUUGUAUGGUAGAGAUCAUCAUACUGUACUUUCAUUUAUUUAUAUUAAACAAUAUAUCUUCAA